UACUCCCCUGAGCCGGGACGUGGUGGCGGCGCAGCGGCGGCAGCGCACGCACGAGCAGCAGUUCACGCAGCCGCCGCUGCUGGUGCUCAGCAACCUGGGGCUGCAGCUCAUCCAGCUCAAGCUCGUGGCCUCCAUGUUCCAGAACAUGUUUCCCUCCAUCAACGUGCACAGGGUCAACCUCAACAACAUCAAGAGGUGUUUGCUCCUCAACUACAACCCCGACACGCAGCUGCUGGACUUCAGGCACUACAGUGUGAAGGUUGUGCCCGUGGGGGUGAGCAGAGGCCUGAAGAAGCUGCUGCAGGAGAAGUUCCCCAACAUGAGCCGCCUGGAAGACAUCAGCGAGCUGCUGGUGAAAGACAUAGACCUGUCUGAGAGCGAGGCAGAGCAGGAUGGGACCCACAACGUGCUGGAGCUGCCUCAGGCUUACGCCGGCCGCGGCAACAUGAAGGAGCAGCAGAGCGCCGUGAGGCUCAGCGAGAUCGGCCCCCGCAUGACCCUGCAGCUCAUCAAGGUGGAGGAGGGGCUGGCCCAGGGCAACGUCCUGUACCACAGCUUGGUGCACAAGGACGAGGAGCAGCUGAGGGAGCUGCUGGCGCGGCGGGAGGCGAAGCUGCAGCUCAAGGCCGAGCGGCGGCGGCGGCAGCAGCAGGACGUGGAGCGCAAGCGGCGGCAGCGGGAGGCUCACAGGGAGAAGAGCCUGGCUGGGAUGACGGGGAAGCGGCAGCAGGACGGCGACAGCGACGCCGAGGAUCCCGGCGCGCCCGAGCAGCCGGCGGCGUCCGAUGAGAGUGAUGCCGAGUAUUACCGGCAGGAGCUGGGCCAGGAGCCCGAUGCUGAUCUCUUCCCCGACCGCAGCAAGAGGAAGAGAAACCCCUCAGGCACCGCCCCGCCACGGAAACGCCGACGGCACAACGGGCUGGAGCAUCCUGACACGGCCCAAGCUCCCCCUGGCACCUCCAAACCUCGCCCUGGCACCUCCAAAGCCCCCCCUGGCACCUCCAAACCUCGCCCUGGCACCUCCCCAGCUCCCCCUGGCACCUCCAAACCUCGCCCUGGCACCUCCAAAGCCCCACCUGGCAGCCCCAGCCCUCGCCCCCCAGCGCCAGGGACGCGGCAGGGGAAGCUCUUGCGGGCCAGGGCCCGGCCUGGGGCUGGGCAGGGGCUGAGGGGCCGAAAGCUGCCCCGGGGCCGGCAGUUGGCAGCCAGGGAGGGGGGUGGGUCCUGCCUCUGGCAGUGCCAGCUCGAGGCCCAGGGGCAGGGGGGCAGCUGCUGGCACGGGGGAAGGGGGAUGUUCCGCCGUGCCAAGAAGGGGAAGUGCUGAGGCCACGGCUCAGGCUGUGACGGGGGUGGGAGGGAGAGAGG